GUCGAUAGACGUCACCGUGAGGGAGGAGGUGUUCCUGCUCUAUGGCACCUUCUCAAGGACCUUCCUCACGAUGUUCGAGGUGCUUUUCGCCAAUUGGGGUCCGGCCUGCCGGGUUCUGAUGGAAAACGUGAGCGAGUGGUUCUCGCUCUUCUUCCUGUUCUACCGAUGUAUCCUUGGAUUUGCCGUCUUGAACAUCAUCAACGCCGUCUUUGUGCAGCAGACUAUGAAGACGGCGAGCUCUGAUGAAGAGAUUGCUUUCAAGCAGAAGGAGAAGGAUAUCCAGUCCUACACCAGGAAAGUCAAGAAGCUUUUCCAGACGAUGGAUGCUGGGCACUGCACAAUUCGGAAUUGUCUCAUUCCGGAGUUUCCAGUGUUUGAAGGCAAAGCCGGAACUCGAGCGGAGCUCGACUAA